ACCGGCCACCGGAAUACCAUACAGAAAUCAUUUCCACAGAGUGUCAUCCUACACACUUCACAAUUCAAGCGUAACUUUUCUACUGUUUGCACACUACCUACGUUUCCACACAGUAUGAUGACAACCAAAGACAUAGGAUCUAGAAUGAAAACAGAAGACGAAAGGCCGACCCCUCCAGGCUUUAGAUCCCUCACCUCUUUCACGCUGAAGAAGACAAAACCGAACAACGAAUCUAGUAAUCUUGCAGGCAUUCAAAGUGACGUUGAUGUUGAGAAGCUUCAAAAGUCUGUCAAGCGAAGGCCAUGGAUACUUAAUGAUCAACCCAUUGAUCUGGAAGAACCAAAUAAUAAACAUCUUAAAACGGUUAAUAUAUCCAUAGAAAAUAACCUUCCAAAAGGAGUGAUCCGAGGGGGUUCAGCUUGUAGUAAUUCCCCGAAGGUUAUGCCAGGUUGGCUUCCAGAAGAAUCCUGCAGGCAAGUAAUAGAUUAUUCCCCCUUCUUUUAUCCAACUGAAGAGGAGUUUAAAGACAUUUAUCAAUAUAUUGCCAAAAUACGCCCAAAAGCUGAAGAACAUGGAAUUUGUCGUAUUAAACCUCCGGAGUCCUGGAAGCCACCGCCGCUUAUCAUACAAGGAAAUAAAUUUGAAUCUUGUAGAUUUGGUACCCGUGUUCAACAGAUCGACGAACUUAAAGAUUUACAUUCGAAGAGAAAACUUAAUGCAAUCAUUCAAAGAGAGAACUUAAUGGAUUCGGAUCAUGGAUUUGAAUUUGAAUGUGGUCCUGAGUUUACACUGCGAUCAUUCAAGACACACGCAGAGCAAUUUAAACGAUCCUAUUUUAAAAAACAGGAUAUUUUUACUCAACCCGUAAAGCAAUGGGAGAAAGUUGAGGGAGAAUAUUGGCGAAUUGUUCAGAACCCAACUCAUCAAAUUCAGGUGUUAUCUGGUCAUAAUUUGGAGGCAAAAGUUCUUGGCAGUGGAUUUCCUCUACCAUCACUCGAUGAUAAUCAAACCGAAUACAUGAAAUCACAGUGGAAUCUAAAUAACACCCCAAAUCUCCCUGGUUCUCUUCUUGCUUUUGAUCGUGACAAUUCUGCCCUUUUGACUCCACGUCUAGAUGUCGGAAUGUGCUUUUCAUCCAUUUGUUGGAAUGUUGAAGAGCAUCACUUGUACUCUCUGAGUUACUUGCACUCUGGGGCUUCUAGAAUCAUGUAUGGAGUUCCCGCUAAAUAUCGCCAAAAAUGUGAAGCACUAUUGAAGAAAAACUUCCCGGAAUUAUCGGGACAUCGUGAAUUGUUCCAUAAGCUAGUUACGCAACUUUCACCCUCUACCCUGAAAUCUGAGGGUAUACCUGUCUACCGUUGCGUACAACAUGCAAAACAGUUUGUCCUUAUAUUUCCCGGAGCAUAUUAUUCAGGAUUCGAUACUGAUUUCAGUAUUUCCGAGAAAGUCAACCUUGCAACCCUUGACUGGUUGCCACAUGGGCAGCUGACUGUAGAAAAGUACAGUGAGCUGCAUCGGAAGACAUCACUCUCCUAUGACAGAAUGCUAAUUGAAGCUGUCAGACAAGCUGCUAAAUCACCGUGGGACUUCCGAAUGCGAGGGUGGAAUAACGCGUGCGGAAAAGAUGGUUGGCUUACAAGAGCUCUUAAGUCGCGUGUGAGGCAAGAAAGCAUCAAGAGGGAAUUCUUAUGUGAUGCUUCACAGUCACGCAAGAUGGAAGAAGGUUUUGGUUGUUCGGUGAAAAGGGAAUGCGGCGUAUGCUUCUAUGACUUGUACCUUUCUGCUGCUGGCUGUGCGUGUUCACCCGACAAAUACUCGUGUCUAGAACAUUCAAAGCAGAUAUGCACGUGUCCAUGGAGUUCAAGGUUCUUCCUCUUCCGAUAUGAGAUUAGUGAAUUGAAUCUCCUAAUUGACACUUUAGAAGGGAAGGUAAAUCCAAAAUUGGUAUAACCUGUAGGGUCUUGUGCAAAAUUAAUAGUGGAUGUUAGAACUGAUGCUAAUCUAGUUUGUAAGAACUGAUGCUAAUCUGGUUUGUAAUUACAACUAUUCUUGAGUAGUCGAAAUGCUCACUUUUUUGAA